GGCAGACGGGCGGCCGGCGGCCGGGAGGGGAGCAGCUGCGACCGACGCUGUCGCCACCGACGAGCCAGUCUGUCCGACAGUCGCACAGACGGCGGCACAGACGGCGGCGCGGCGGUGACAGGGAGAGCGGUGCGAGGGACCGGCGGUGGAAAAACGGUGACAUAGGAGGUGGCUAAGGCGGCGACAUAACCGGUGGAGAGCAGCUGCUGACUCGGCCGCAUCUUGUUGAGAUAAGUGUUGUAGGACGAAGAGACGUCCAACUGCACCAGACGACGACGGCGACGAACAACUGCGGAUCACCCAGAGCCAGUGGACCGUUACGAACAGCAGGCUGACGACAUAUGUUUACAGGAACCGGAAAUUUUAUCGACUUCAGACUGUGAACAACUGGAGAUCGAAGACCGAGGGUUGAAAGCCCCGGUCAGAACUAUCGUAUUCCGUACUGACCCAGACACUGAUUAGACAGGUAAACCAAGUCACCGGAGAGAGAAACUCGCAACAUAAGCCUCAGCUGGGCAGCAAGCAGCCAGAAACGUUUUCGGGAAGAGGUCGGUCCAGCGAAGAUGGCUGCCGAGCCAUCCGCCUCUGCUCCGCCCCGGCCAUCGCCGUGUGGCACCAAGCGCAGUUUCGACGUGGCGUUCUUAGUGUCCUCGGCCAGCGAGCCGGCGUCUCGCUGCAGUCCGCCGCCGGCCAAGGCGAGCAGCGCGUUCACGCGCGUCUGGCGGCCGGCGCCGGCCAGCCCGCCGGUAUCGGCCGCGCUGCCGGCCGUCUCUGAGGAGGAGCGCACGGUGCCGCUGCAGCCGCGCGCCCUGCUGGCCGCCAAGCUGUCGCUGCCGCCGCGGCUGCCGCUGCCGUUCCCGCUGCAGACCGGGCUGGAGCUGCUACACAAGCCGCUGCUGCCGCCGCUGCCGGCCGGCGCGCUCAGCGCCAUCCUGCCCGGACAGAACGUGUGCGCGCUCUGCCGCAUCAGCUUCCGGAUGACGUCCGACCUGGUGUACCACAUGCGCUCGCACCACCGGCGGCAGGAGGACGGCCAGCGGCGCGCGCGCGAGGAGAAGCUGCGCUGCUCCGUCUGCGGCGAGACGUUCCGCGAGCGACACCACCUGACCCGACACAUGACGGCGCACACGGAGCGAGACGGCGAAACCAGAUGAGGACCGAACCCAGGGAUAAGAUGAAGGAACUAUCGGGUGAGGCGAGAACACACGCGAAGCGAAGUCAGAGCGACACGGAGUGAUAACCCCGAGGGGAGAUGGGCAAUGGACUUGCGACUGAUUGCUUGAUGUCGUGAAUCCGUGGCUCUACAUAUAUGCGAGAUAUGCAGCUCUCGUCACGUCGCCACCCACCUUCCUAGAAAGUGGGUCCCUCCACGUCCACGUCAGCCCCACGUCAGCCGAAGAAACUAUUCGGCACUUGUUACGCACGAAACUCUGUGGUAUGGCAUAUGCGGAUGAUGCAGCCAACGAAGGCUGCUGCGGACUUAAGAUAUGUAGAGCAAACAUUUGAUGAUGUAUGUUAUGUACUUCCGUAUGACAAUGCAUCCUGCUUCGGUCUUAUAAAGCAGUUUCAACUAGUCAGAUGAUAUCUAUAUGUAGGUAUGUAGGACACCGACAGUGUACUAAUUAACGUCUUACACAAAAGUGAAGCUUUUUGGUGAUUGCAGUGUGUAGGUUUUUCUAUACCUAAAUUUACAGCCGUCGCAAUUUACGUGCUGCCCUUUAUCGCAAAUGUUGCAUUCAUUUUCACACUUUGACUGCCUGCAUAUACUAUUAUACUACGCACAAGCUAACAGACUAUAGGUAAUUAGCACCUAUAUGAAUAAAUGUAAUAGAUUAGAUUAGUCUUAAAAAGACUUGUAGAACGUUUAGAUUUACAAUACUAUUACUGUGUAAAAUGUCAACUUUCUAUGUUGGUUUAUAAGCCUCAUUGAAACAAAGAACAAUUGCAAUAAUUUGUGAUGCCUUUGGUAAUGGAUUCAAAGGUGUUCUGACAAUAAACGAAAAAUA